AUGUCGUGUAUGCAGGGAAACAUCAUCCGCGUGGUGUGCUGUCUGUUCACGGCGACGAUCGCCUUCUUCGUCCCCUUCUUCGGCCUCAUCUCGGGCCUCAUCGGCGCCCUGGGCUCGUCGUUCCUGGCCUUCAUCCUUCCAGUGAUCUUCCACUUGAAGCUGUUCCAUCGCACCUUGUCCUGGUGGGUGAUCGCCAAGGACGUAAUCAUCCUCCUCUUCGGCUCCGCGGCGCUCAUCGUCGGCACCAUCUUCGCCGUGCGCGACAUCAUCAAUGCCCUCAUCUAA